CCCGCGGGUCCCUGGCCAAGUUCCCCAGCAUCCGGGGGAGCCAGGCAGCGUUUGCCCUCUCUAGCGUCCGGAAGACACCCGCAUGUCUCCGGACACCUGAACACUCAGGUCUUUCCGAGGAUCCUCCCAGUGGGGAGAAGAGCACUGUCCCUAGAGCCCCGCAUAUCCACGCGGCCCUCGGGGUCUGGUCCCCUCCUUCCUCUAGGGGAGGAGGAUGGGUUUGCAAGCGCUCUCCCCUAGGAUGCUUCUGUGGUUGGUGGUCUCGGGUAUUGUUUUCUCCCGGGAGCUGUGGGUCUGCGCUGGCCUCGAUUAUGAUUACACUUUUGAUGGGAACGAAGAGGACAAAACGGAGCCUAUAGAUUACAAGGACCCGUGCAAAGCUGCUGUGUUUUGGGGUGACAUCGCCUUAGACGAUGAAGACUUAAAUAUCUUCCAAAUAGACAGGACAAUUGACCUGACUCAGGGCCCCUUUGGAAAACUUGGACAUAUCACAGGUGGCUUUGGAGACCAUGGCAUGCCAAAGAAACGAGGGGCACUCUACCAACUUAUAGACAGGAUCAGAAGAAUUGGCUCUGGCUUGGAGCAAAAUAACACCACGAAGGGAAAGGCACCUCUAAAAUUGUCAGAGCAAAAUGAGAAAAAUCGAGUUCCCAGAGCUGCUACAUCAAGAACGGAAAGGAUAUGGCCUGGGGGUGUCAUCCCUUAUGUCAUAGGAGGAAACUUUACUGGCAGCCAGAGAGCCAUGUUCAAGCAGGCCAUGAGACACUGGGAAAAGCACACCUGCGUGACUUUUACGGAGAGAAGCGAUGAAGAAAGUUACAUUGUGUUCACCUACAGGCCUUGUGGAUGCUGCUCCUAUGUUGGUCGGCGGGGGAAUGGCCCUCAGGCCAUCUCUAUUGGCAAGAACUGUGACAAGUUUGGAAUUGUUGUUCAUGAACUGGGCCACGUGAUAGGCUUCUGGCAUGAGCAUACCCGCCCAGACCGAGAUAACCACGUCACCAUCAUAAGAGAGAACAUCCAGCCAGGUCAAGAGUACAAUUUUCUAAAGAUGGAGCCUGGAGAAGUGAACUCUCUUGGGGAAAGAUACGAUUUUGACAGUAUCAUGCACUACGCCAGGAACACCUUCUCAAGGGGGAUGUUUUUAGACACAAUACUCCCGUCCCGUGAUGAUAAUGGCAUCCGUCCUGCAAUUGGUCAACGGACCCGGUUAAGCAAAGGAGACAUUGCACAAGCAAGAAAGCUGUAUCGAUGUCCAGCAUGUGGAGAAACCCUACAAGAAUCCAGUGGCAACCUUUCUUCCCCAGGAUUCCCAAAUGGCUACCCUUCCUAUACACACUGCAUCUGGAGAGUGUCUGUGACCCCGGGAGAAAAGAUUGUCUUGAAUUUUACCACGAUGGACCUAUACAAGAGUAGUUUGUGCUGGUAUGAUUACAUUGAAGUAAGAGAUGGCUACUGGAGAAAGUCACCUCUCCUUGGUAGAUUCUGUGGGGACAAAGUGGCUGGAGUUCUUACAUCAACAGACAGCAGAAUGUGGAUUGAGUUUCGUAGCAGCAGUAACUGGGUAGGAAAAGGGUUUGCAGCCGUCUAUGAAGCGAUUUGUGGAGGGGAGAUAAGGAAAAAUGAAGGACAAAUUCAGUCUCCCAAUUACCCCGACGACUACCGACCAAUGAAGGAGUGUGUAUGGAAAAUAAUGGUGUCCGAGGGCUACCAUGUUGGACUGACCUUUCAGGCCUUUGAGAUUGAAAGACAUGACAGCUGUGCCUAUGACCACCUAGAAGUUCGAGAUGGAGGCAGUGAGAAUAGUCCUUUGAUAGGACGGUUCUGUGGUUAUGACAAACCUGAAGAUAUUAGAUCUACUUCCAACACCCUGUGGAUGAAGUUCGUCUCUGAUGGGACUGUGAACAAGGCAGGAUUUGCUGCCAACUUUUUUAAAGAAGAAGAUGAGUGUGCCAAGCCUGACCGGGGAGGCUGUGAGCAGAGGUGUCUCAACACGCUAGGCAGCUACCAGUGUGCCUGUGAGCCUGGCUACGAGCUGGGGCCAGACAGACGGAGCUGCGAAGCUGCUUGUGGAGGACUUCUUACAAAACUCAAUGGCACAAUAACCACCCCCGGCUGGCCCAAAGAGUACCCUCCAAACAAAAACUGUGUGUGGCAAGUGAUUGCGCCAAGCCAGUACAGAAUCUCUGUGAAGUUUGAGUUUUUUGAAUUGGAAGGCAAUGAAGUUUGCAAGUAUGAUUACGUGGAGAUCUGGAGCGGUCUGUCCUCUGAAUCUAAACUGCAUGGCAAGUUCUGUGGCGCUGAUGUCCCUGAGGUGAUCACUUCCCAUUUCAACAACAUGAGGAUUGAAUUCAAAUCGGACAACACUGUUUCCAAGAAGGGCUUCAAAGCACAUUUCUUCUCAGAUAAGGAUGAGUGUUCAAAGGAUAACGGUGGCUGCCAACAUGAGUGUGUCAACACGAUGGGAAGCUACACGUGUCAGUGCCGGAAUGGAUUUGUGUUGCAUGAGAACAAACAUGAUUGUAAGGAAGCGGAGUGUGAACAGAAGAUCCACAGCCCAAGUGGCCUCAUCACCAGUCCCAACUGGCCAGACAAGUAUCCAAGCAGGAAAGAGUGCACGUGGGCGAUCAGUGCCAUUCCUGGCCACCGCAUCAAAUUAGCCUUCAAUGAGUUCGAGGUUGAGCAGCAUCAAGAAUGUGCUUAUGAUCACUUGGAAAUUUUCGACGGACAAACGGAGAAGUCACCAAUCCUUGGCCGACUGUGUGGCAGCAAGAUCCCAGAUCCCCUCAUGGCUACCGGGAAUGAAAUGUUUAUUCGGUUCAUUUCUGAUGCCUCUGUUCAAAGGAAAGGGUUUCAAGCCACCCACUCCACAGAAUGUGGAGGCCGAUUGAAAGCAGAGCGGAAGCCCAAAGAUCUGUACUCUCAUGCUCAGUUUGGUGAUAAUAAUUACCCAGGACAACUGGACUGUGAAUGGUUGUUGGUGUCAGAACAAGGCUCUCGGCUUGAAUUGUCCUUCCAGACUUUCGAAGUAGAAGAAGAAGCCGACUGUGGCUAUGACUAUGUUGAAGUCUUUGAUGGUCUCAAUUCCAAAGCUGUGGGUCUUGGUAGAUUCUGUGGAUCAGGGCCACCAGAAGAAAUCUAUUCAAUUGGAGAUGUGGCUUUAAUUCAUUUUCACACAGAUGACACUAUCAACAAGAAAGGAUUUUAUAUAAGAUAUAAAAGUAUAAGAUACCCAGAAACCAUGCAUGCCGAGAACUAACGCCGACCCUCCCUCAGAACAGAAAGGAAUGUGCACAUGGAAAGAAGACAUUUUUAAAAUCGACAAUAUUAGUACAAUUGUUUUAUAUAAUGAAUCUGAACAAGAGAAACCUGCAAGAUUAAAGAUAUCUCCAAAGUCAAAGAGAAUUUUCCAGAAAACCUGAUUGGCAUUGCAAGGAUGUUUGAAAGUCAUGCUUGUUCAAGGAAGAUUAAUGGCUUGAAAUAGAUGCCUCACACUUUGGACAAUUCACUUCAUGGGCUGUGAAUCUCUGGAGUGAUUUCUUGACUACUUUUUCAAGAUCUGGGGAUAUAAAAAUGAUCGGACAGAUCAUAGUUUGGAAACCCACUUCUUGGGUCCCAGCAUGUUUGCUUAGACUUUGUAGGUCAGACAGUGUAAGCCAAAUUCUUGAAAGGUAAUGUGGAAUAGUGGUCUUUGGAAGGUGGUUCGUCAUUUAAAAGUAGAUGUGUGUUUGUGUAUGUUCAUUUGUGUGUGUGUGUGUGUGUGUGUGUGUGUGUGUGUGUGUGUGUGUGUGUGUGUGUGUGUUUGGAAACUGGAAUAUUUCAUCUUCAUUAUUUUCAAGUGCAGGCCAGCUUAACCUGUUCACACAAAUGAUUUCGUGACCACUUCAUUGUAUCUAUAUCUUGAGAAGUUUGAACUAUGUAUAGUGUCUACAAUGCAGUUAAUCCCUAGAUAUCAUAUUUAAUUACUGGAUAAUACCCAGUUCAUUAGUAAACUCAUUUUUCUCUGGGGAAGUGCUGAAUAGUCACACCAAAUCCGAGAAACUCACUAUGUCUUAUAAACCUUUAAGAUAAAAUUUCAACGAGGUGUGCAGCCAUCUUCCAAAUGACUGCCUGGAUGUUUCUUAUUCCAGUUACUACUGCUGCUGCUAUGGUCUUUCUUUUAUUGUUAAUGUGUUGAUAUGUUAUUAUUAUGGAUAUUGUUAUUGAUGUUGUUACUAUAUUUAAAAAUGAUGAGAUGGAGUGAAAGUAGAGUUUGGGAGAAAUUAAAUCUAUCUCUUUUAUUUUUUGUUCUCUUCUUGAAAUUCAGUUUCAAAAAUACAAUAUUGGGUGGAAAAUGAUUUGUUUCUGACAUAUUUCCUAUGGUGCUAUUCCAUAAACAUUAAAACAGCAGCAACAACAAGUCUCUGACCUUUGAGCCAAAUGCCUGUGUACUAUGAAUGCCUCCCUCUGUGUAGCUGGCAAAGGAGACUCAAGACUUCUUAGAUAUUUCAAGAGUGUAUCGUGACAAGGACAAAGAUUGUCCUGUGGAACAACUACUUCCAAUGCCUUAGAAUUCCUGCACACAAUCAAAGCAAUCUGCUUAAAGACAAGCCUCUUGAGAUGUUGUCCACCAUAGCGUAUGUUAAUCAGGAACUCCAAGAAGAAAAUCCAUUUCCAUAACAGAGACAUUGAACAUACAGAUACAUACACAUGUGUACACCCCAAUCUGCUUUUGUUGUAGAGAUAUAAUUUUAGGACAAACUUUUGCUCUAUAGCGCUGUGCGUUUUUUAAUAUUAAUGUAUGUAUAUAUGAGACUCUGAGUGAGAGUGUCUGCUAGGAGGUGAAGAGCUAUAGGUGGUUGAUAACUUUAAUUCUGCGUGCCAAGUUGUCCUAGAACUGUGUUUGAAGUAGCACCAUGAUAAGGUUUCAUGGCCAUAUAAUGGAUAAUUCUAAUUACCGUCAAUCAUAGCAAAGAAAGGCUCUUUCUCUUAGACAAUCUAUUUUGAACUUUUUAUGUUGAUGUGAGUUACUGUGCAAAGGAGCUUUUUCUGCUUAAUUGUCCACGAACACUGACUGUCUGAAAAAUGAGGUAUAUUUCUUUAUUUUUACAAAAUUAAACUCUACAUCUAGAUAUAACAA